AUGUCUUACACACAAAGCAAUCAUGGGUCCUAUCUUCUCCACGUAGACAGAGGAACUAGGACCUUCGACAGUCCAAGUUCUUCAGUUUUCGACCUACCUCCCGAGCGACCAGACUCCGGACCUGCUCGAGCACCGCUUCCUUUAACUUCUGCACCUGCCGACCUCAGUGUCGUAAAGCCUGGGGAUAUCCAACAGUCUCGAGGUUCGGGCCCGUCAUACAUCAUCAUCUCCGGGGGCACAGGUGGCAAUUCCAUCUGCUCGAGCUUCGCCGAUGCCUGCUUUGUACUGCCAGUCUCAGACGACGGCGGCUCGUCAAGCGAAAUCAUCCGCGUCCUAGGGGGGCCGUCCGUAGGUGACAUCCGCUCCCGGUUGGUUCGUCUGAUUCCACAAGCCCCUCCGUCUUCGCCUUUGGACGCAAUCAGAAACCUCCUAGCCCAUCGUCUGCCUUCCAAGUGUUCUUACAAGGAAGCCCGUGAAGAAUGGAGGGAUAUAGUGGAGGGGCGGAGUCCUCUUUGGAGAGGUAUCCCAAAUGACAGGAAAGAGACCAUCCGGGGGUUCCUGGUCUCUUUUGAGAGCGAACUACUCAAGAGAGCUCACAAGAACUUUGACUUCAGGAACGGGAGCAUAGGGAACUAUUUCAUUGCUGCAGCCCAGAACUUUUUCCGCUCCCUUCCAUCCGCUAUCUUUCUAUUCUCAUCGAUCACCAACAGCCAGGCCCAUAUAUUACCAGUUAUCGUUACGAACCACACUGUUACUCUUGCUGCAGAGCUGGAAGACGGCGAACGACUAGUUGGUCAAUGCGAGAUAUCACACCCAGUUGCGAGCAUAUCGGUGCAAGUGUCCAAUUCUGACGGCCUAAUGUUCGCCCAUGACGAGGAUUCGGAGGGGAUACCAGUGGCGGCCAACAAUGUCAUGUACGACCGUACAGGGGAUGAACCAAUUGAUAUUUUGCCAGCCCCAAUAUCGAAAGUGUACUAUAUAAAUAGCUAUGGGAUGGAAAUCCACCCCACUCCGAACCCCGAUUUCAUCUUCAAUCUGAAGAGCAAGGACAUCCUCGUUUACUCAUGCGGUUCACUGUGGACGAGUAUCAUGCCUUGUCUCGCCUUGCGAGGCGUUGCAACGGCGAUUGCAAGCUCGCAUUCUUUACGCGCCAAAGUUCUAUUGCUGAAUGCCGAAAAUGACAGGGAGACAUACGGAUACUCCGCGUUAGAUUACAUCAAGGCCAUUGUCAGAACCCUGAACACGAACUAUUCGACGCGACAGUAUGGUCUGGGGAACGCGAAUACAAUGUACCCAGCAUCAGCUUUCAUUACGGAUCUUGUCUAUCUCUCUGGUACCACAGUCAAGGUCGAUCGACAGGAAAUAGCGAAACUUGGGGUUAAAUGCACUGAAAUACCCCAGCAGAACGCUGUUGGUGAGAAGGUAUUGCGAUUCGAAGCCGAGACUGUGCGCGAAGUUCUGGACGAGAUUUGGUUGGACAGGCGGGAGGAGUGA